UUGGAUUGGCUGAGAGGACGCGAACCGGGACAUUUUGAAAGCAGCAGGGAGGAUUCUGCUGGCUGUGUGUGAACCUGAUACAGUUUGAACGCCUUUAAGACGGUGCGGCAAAACAGACGUUUGGUUUGGUCGGUUGAUUUUAGCGUCUCAAUGGAGCAGGAAACCCAGGAAACAGCGUGUAUCGUCAGUGACAUGCCGGACAUGGUGGUGGUCGAGCUGCACUCUGCAGUUAAAGCUAAGGAAGCAGAGGAAGGCCUCCCAGGAGCGGGGUGCAACUCGUUGGAUAUCGCCAAAGCCCUGUUUCAGAAUGAAAACAAUGAAAACGGAGAGCACCACGAUGAUGAUGAUGAUGAUGACGAUGACGAUAGUGGCACAGAUUACGUCAACAGUGAUAAAUCAGGGACCCAGCUGCAGAGAUGUGAGCGGCACAGAGGGGAGAGCUCCAGUCUUCCCGACACCUUCCAGACCAACAACCUGCUGUUCUACGAGAGGUUUAAGGCUUAUCAGGACUACAUGCUGGGAGACUGUAAGCCCUCAGAAGUGAAGGCCUUCACUGCAGACUACCUGGAAAAGGCGCUGGAGCCGUGUGAUUGGCUGGCUUUAUGGAGCACCGACGUCUUCGAUGUCGUGGUGGAGGUGCAAGAUCUGGACAUAAAUGACCUAAAGGCACACGUGAAGCUGGUGCAGCCGCUACAGUAUGAAACCAGAUGUGAAAUCACAGAGGAGGACUUUAAUUCUCUUCUGGAGGCGACGCAGCACAAAGUACCACUGAUGGAGCUGCAGGUGGUUUAUGAUGAGUCAGGGGACUUUGAUCAGACGGCUCUGACACUUGAGCACCUAAGGUUCUUCUACAAACACAUCUGGAGGCAGUGGGAUGAAGAAGAUGAGGACGAUGACUUUGAUUACUUUGUUCGUUGUGUGGAGCCUCGUCUCAGACUCUACUACGACAUCCUGGAGGACAGAGUUCCAGCUGGACUGGUGGCAGAGUACCAGUCCUUGCUGCAGAGCUGCUCUCAGUGCUUCCAGCAGUUUUCAGAGUUGCGUAGUGGACUCAAUGCGGACUCGGACUUGGAGCCAGACAACGUGUCUAUGGUGGAGGGUCUGAAUCUCUACGACCAGCUGGAGACACUUAAGCGUAAACUGCACAUCAUCGAGAACCCCCUGUUAAGGUAUGUGCUGGCCUACAAGGGGAGCUCCAGGCAGCAGUGUGUGCAGAGCCGUGGGCUCAGAGAGUCUGGGAUGAAGGUGGUUCAUGUAGUAACGGCGGUCACCAACACCAUCCAGCUCCAGUCUCUCCUCACUGCACGCCUCAUUCCUCUCUGCGCCUCUGAGGACACAGAGAUCCAGUUCCAUAGGGAUCCUGUGUCAGCAGUGGAUGCCAGUCAUCAGGGCGACACGGUCAUUGUUCUUCCAGGAACCUACAGUGUCAGCAGCUCCAUCUUCAUACCAGACUCCAUCACUAUUGAAGGCUUUGGAUUCCCCGAUGAAGUUGUGAUUGAAAACCAGUACAAAGGCGACUCAUUCGUGGAAUCCACAGGAGCUGACGUGAGCGUGUCCAACAUCAAGUUCAUCCAGCAUGAUGCUAUUGAAGGCAUUUUGUGUGUGCGUGAGGGCACUGUGAACAUGGAGAACUGUGUGCUGCAAUGUGAGACCACCGGCGUGAUCGUGCGAGGAUCGGCCCGCCUCACCAUGAACAUGUGCGACCUGUAUGGCUCCAAGGGGGCCGGUGUGGAGAUUUAUCCCGGCAGCGUUUGCAGUCUGGUCAGUAAUGGCAUCCAUCAUUGUAAGGACGGAGUCCUGAUCAAGGACUUUGCCAACGAGCUAGAUGGGAUGCCAUCCAUCAACUUGGAAAGAAAUGUCAUCCACAACAACUGGGAUUACGGGGUGAUUCUGGUUAAACCAGGUAACGUAGAGGAACAGAACGUCCAUGCCUGUGGGAGUGAAGAAGAGCCAGCUCUACACGGCGCUGAAGACAAGCAGCAGGAAGCAGAGCCAGCCUCUCGGCUAGAGUCAGCGGGGACCGACGGCACAGACGGAGACGUGGCCGCCGCCGCCACCGCAGGCAGGAAGUGGCAGUUUGGUCGUCAGCUGAGCCGAAACAAGGAGGCGUCCUGCAGCCGACCAGUGCAGGAUCUGAUGCAGCACCAGAUCUUUGUUUCGGUUCAGGAGAACCAGUUCAAACGCAAUGGCAAGGGGGACUUUGGCGUCUUUUUCUACUGACCUUCACACCAGGCUGAUGGAAUCUAGGAAGUUUCUGUUUUUAAUGCCCAUUUCUGUUUAUUGGCGUGACUCACUAGAUCACUGCUGGAUGAUGGACUGCUGGGGAAAUGUUGUUUAAAAGGUGUUGCAUGCCGUUUGUAACAGUGUUCUCAGCUAUAAUCAGCCUUUGCACCAGUUGCUAUCUGUGCUCCGGCCUUAAAGAAGUGUUGAGAACAAACACUUUUGACUUUGCACAAAUGCUUUUAUUUAAAUUGUUCUUUUCUGGCUCCUGAUGCUGCUUUUUAUUAACAGUUUUAAUGGUUUCAAAUCCACUUGUCGUGUUAAUGGUGAGUUUGGUGUUUUGUCCUUUAUUAAAAAAUCCGUUAAAACUUGCUGAGGUGUAGAAAUGUGUUAAAUCGGUUGUGGGUUUUCUAGUUUCACACAGUGGCUUCAGAAAUGUUUACGGUGAAGGUGUUUUUAGGAUCUAGGAAGUUGCCAUAAAACUGAAUUAGAAAAAC